CAAUAUGUCAAAUUCUAUGACCGUAAAUUCGCUUACGUGGACACGGUUUGACUUUAUUCCAACUUAUUCUGAGUGACGCAUUUUGGAAGACUUUAUCUGCGACCUUUGUCCAUAAUAAACAAUAGAAAUACGACCUAAUCUGGACAGCUAUUAGCCGUCGCGACCAAUUUACUGCCUGGGUUUUCAACUGCAGAUAUGUCGUCCAAGAUGAAUUUGAAGGAUAAAUUACAAGACGAUACUUUGGAUCUGAGCAUGUCUGACCUUCAGGAAGUACCUGUAAAAGAUAUUGCUGCAAUCAGAAAAGCAUCCCACCUGGAUCUCUCGAACAACAGGCUGGUCUCUUUGCCAAAAACAUUCGCCACAUUGACGCACAUAGUCAAGCUGGAUUUGAGCAAAAACCAGUUGACGGAGUUGCCGGAAAAUUUUGGAGAUAUGCGCCAACUCAAAUACAUUGAUCUCUACAGUAACAAUAUAAGUCGUUUACCAUUGAGCUUAGGUGAGCUGAAGAAUUUAAAGUGGCUAGAUUUGAAGGAAAACCCUCUGACGCCGGGAGUAGCCAGUGUUGCUGGAUUGUGCAGUAAUGCCAGGGAGUGUCAAGCUUGCGCUCGUAAUGUUGUUGCAUAUUUAAGUAGUGCAAAACGAGCUAUUGACGAGGAACAACAGCGUAGGAUAAUCGCAAGUGCAGCAGUUGAAGCAGAGAAAGGUACGGGACCUAUGAAAAAAGAGGGGAAGAAGAAGAAGAAAAAAGCAGAAAACAAGGAGAGCAGGUCACAAGUAGAUAGGGAAAAUUCAGCAGGCCUUAAGUCAGACCGACAAAAGACCAAUGGGCAUACAUCUGCACUAAGACUGAAGUCCGAGUACAAAAAUAGUUACGGACUAUCAUCUUCACGGAAAGAUGGAAUUGCUGGUAGACUGUGCAGAGGUUUGAUCAAACUAUUCUUCUGGUUGAUAGCGAUAAGUAUUGUUGUUAUAUUAAGUCUUGUGACAUUGCCCUUGUUUGAUAAGCAACGGGCGGAUUCUAUUUCUAAUUACUUGGAGCUCCAAACGGGGCAGCCAGUUCGGUAUUACCAACAAUCAAGUACUGAAUAUUUAAACAAAUUUAUUGACAACGUUAUUCUAUGGACUGAACAAGCACAAAUCGUUUUGAAAGAAAUUUAUUCCAAGUAUUUUGCUAUUGGGAGUAGUUUGAAAAACGAUCUAUAAAUAUUUGACGUAAAUUGAUAUAUUUCGUGAAAAAUGCACGAUUAAAGUUUACAUUUAUCUACAAUUGUUGAUAUUGGCAAAGUAUAUAUAUAUAUAUAUUAUGUGUACUUAUUUAUAUAUCCAUUGAUUCCUCUUUGCUAAGUAAUUUAAUGUAUAAUUGUGAAUAUAAGAUGAUUUUGCACGUGAAUUGAAAAUAUUCGGAAGUUUGAAAGAUUCUUUACAUAUUAUCCAUGUUUAAAACAUAUGUGCUGUCAUUUUACAUCAUAUUCAAUAAUUUUGAAUUUACUCUUACAAAUACCUGUAUAGUUCGAUACGAAUAUACAAACUUAGACACGCAGAUUUAU